UGGGAAUGGAACCCCGGAUCGUUGGUUUUACUUGCUUAGCAUGAGCGACGAGGAGAAGAGGGAGAGCGCUUGGGGCUUCGAGGAGGCGCCAUCGCCAUCGCCAUCGCCAUCGCCACCAGCAUCGCCGCCAGCGACAUCGCCGACAGUGCCGCUGCUGCCCGUGCAUCAAGCAUCACCGAUGCCGCUGGUUCUUGCGGGGGUAUCGACUGGCCAGAUGCUCUUGCUCAAGCGAUUCAAGGAUGCGGUGAGGCAGGGCAAGCCGAUUCCAAAUAUGCACAUCAUCCAGCCAGUUCUUCUCGGUGGCGCCGGCGCUUGCGCAUUUGGAGGUCUCCUGAGCGCGCUUGGCUUUUUACGGUUCGACAAGAUCUUUGGAGCUCGCAAGCCACAGAUCGAGGCGUGAUCGGGUUUCCUGGAUAGGAAUUCGUUCUAGUUUGUUUUUUUGAGAAGGAAAGAGACAUCUUUUUGCCAAAGACGAAGAAGUUCUAUCGGUUUAAUAACAAGUGCUGUUGUUUUUCACUCGAGCAUGGCAACUUGUAACGUUGGUGUGUUUAUGGCUUUUGGUACCCUUGGCGACAUACUUCCUUUAGCGUACGUUGCUAUAGCUUUAGCUCGAGCGACUACGAAGUAUUCUAUUACGUUCAUCACUCAUGAUUCGCAUCAGGUUUUGAAGGCGCUCCUUUUACCUGCUGGUAUUGUUUUGCGCUCCGUCUCAACACCUGCAGUCUUGACACCUGAACAGAAACGGGACUCUUUCCCAGACUCGCUUACUUCUGAAAUUCACAUGGAGGAGUGCCUGGACGCGAUUGAAAGUCAGGAAUCCCACGGUACCAUUAGCUUCAUUGCAAUCAAUUUCUUCGCCCUGGAAGGCUGGCAUAUUGCAGAGCUUUUGAAUGUGCGGUGUAUCGUACUUGCGCCAUAUGUCAUGCCUUACAGUGCUCCUGCGUCGUUUGAGCGCAGCUUCAGACAAGUGUACCCUCGUCUGUACAAGCGACUACAACGAGCAUCAGCUGAAGAGGUUGGAUGGAAGGAUGUAACACAUUGGAUGUGGCCGCUUUUUACUGACAGAUGGACGUCAUGGCGCGUUCGAAAGCUUCGGCUUAGCGCGUGUCCCUUGACGGAUCCCGUUACGGAACUACCUGUUCACGACUGGCCCCGCUCAGUACCACUCUUGUAUGGAUUCAGCGAGAAAGUUGUAGAAUGUCCAGGUUAUUGGCCCAGCAGCGUGCGUGUGUGCGGCUUCUGGCUGCCACCUGACCGUGGGGUUUCGGGGACAACUCAUCUUGCACCAAAACUUGCGGAAUUUUUGUUGAGAAGCGCCGAUUCCAAGCCUGUCUUUAUUGGACUGAGCUCAAUAACCAGCAUGGGCUUUCUUCAAAAUCCUCUGGGGAUGCUACAAGUUGUCACGGAUGUUUUGAAAGCUGUAAAUAUGCGCGGUGUGCUUUUUACAGCCGGUCACCCGUCUCUUGAAGCAGCUGUUACGAGUGCUGCUGGUCUGGCAACGUCUUGCCUGGAGAAAGAAGGGCUCACUCUUGGUCACAACUUAUUCUGCUACUCCGGAUAUGUUCCUUACAACGAUUUGUUUCCAAAAUGCUCAGUAGUCAUUCAUCACGGUGGAAGUGGAACGACUGCUGCUUGUCUUCAUGCCGGAGUUCCUCAGGUGAUAUGCCCGUUUAUUCUCGACCAGUUCUACUGGGCGGAGCGAAUGUCAUGGCUUGGAGUGUCUCCACAGCCUCUCAAGCCAUACCAUCUCGUCCCCGAUGCGACCAAGCUUGAAAUCUCGGGAGCCGUGGACGCAGUAACUCUGGCAGUGCGCGAGGCUUUGACAGACAGAAUCAAAACAAACGCCAUGGAACUCGCAAGCAGCAUCAAUGACGAGGAUGGCUGUUCCAGAGCUGUGCAAAUUAUAAUGGAAGAAACGCCGUAAAAACUUUCUCGGAAGUGGAAAGAAGAGAGAACAAGCACUGCUCUCUAAGCCA